GGCAACCAAGCUUUCAGGGUUCUUCAGCUCCUGCCAUCGAAAAAUUACGAGGCUGAUCUUUGCUGCGAGUUGACUGGUGCUCAAUACGACAAAUUUCCAAAAUAUGAAGCCCUCUCAUAUGCCUGGGAUGCCCAAGUGCCGGAGUAUCCUAUCUAUUGCGAAGACAAACGCUUGCUUAUCACGAAGAACUGUGAUGCCGCAUUACGGUGUCUGCGAAAAAGCUAUACACGCCGCUUGCUUUGGGUAGACUCUAUCUGCAUCAACCAAAACGACAUCGCGGAGCGCAAUUGCCAAGUACCACAAAUGUCGACCAUCUACCAAUGCGCACAGGAAGUAGCGGUAUGGCUUGGAGAGAGCGAUGAAUGCUCAGAC